AUGGAGUUACCAAACAUCACAUAUUCAACUGAAUCACCCGAUUCAAGCCCCACAGCUGCAACAGCCACCAGUGAUGUGAUCACGACUGAAGCAGAGACAAAUUUCACUACUGAGAACUACAAUGGGACACAGCAGCCGUUGAUAUUUCUCCAGACGGCAGCAGCACAAGGCAUUGCUGGGGCAUUCACAGUUGUUGCGCUGCUAGUAACUGUCCAUCAGAUUUACCUUCAUCUGCGUUACUACACCUGCCCACCUGAACAAAGGUGGAUUGUGCGAGUCCUCUUCAUUGUGCCCAUCUACUCAUUUGACUCUUUUCUCAGUCUCAUGUUCUUCAACAAUGACGACUACUAUGUCUACUUUGACAGUGUCAGGGAUUGUUAUGAAGCUUUUGUAAUAUACAGUUUCCUCAGCUUGUUCUAUGAAUAUCUUGGUGGAGAGGGGGCAAUAAUGUCAGAGAUCAGAGGCAAACCUAUUCAGUCAAGCUGCAUGUCUUGUACCUGCUGUUUUUCCGGUAGACAAUAUACUAUCGGCUUCCUACGCUUUUGUAAGCAG